GCGUAAUUAAAGAAAAAGAUUGAUUCAAAUUUCCCAAAGUCGAAAGAUUAAAACAAGAAGCAGCUUAAUUAAAGCUCAAAUAGUUUCUUCUCUUCUCUUAUCUUAUCACCUGUCUGUCAGUGUCUGUCUGUCUGUCAUUUUAACGCCGGUUAGUCCAACAACGCUCUUACAUGAAUAGAUCAUUCCCUACCUUUACAAAAAUCAUUAAAAUCCCCCACAGAAUCCAACUCCAUUAAUUCCUUCUUCUUCUAUUUUUUUUUUUUAAUUUAAGCUCUAAAAAAAAUUAUAUUGACGUCACAGAUCGGCUCAGCUUUUUUUGCAGGUAAUAUUCGAAUCCUAUUCCUUCUGGAAAGAAAAGAGAGAAAAAGUUGCACUUUUUUUUUCUCUGCUGCUUUGUAAUUUAGUGUAGUUUAUGAUUAAAGUAAAAGAAGAAAAAAGAUUUGGUUUUCGCGGAAAAAGUGUGGAUUCGGUUUAGUUCAGUAGGCUGUGAUCGGAUCCACUGGAUUAGCAGGUAAUGGCUCUCUUAAGUGUUCUUUUUUGUAAUUAAUUUUCUGUUUGGUUGCCAAGAAAACUAUGGAAAUACAGAGUGAAUCUUUAAAUGAGGCCGUUUUAUGGUUUUUACAGAGAAAAAAAAAUGAUAACGAGUUCAAUUUUCAAAAUGUGGUAUUUGCAGCUUUAGUAAAUGGAAGGAACAUUUUAGAAUAACUUGGAUUUAAUUAGCUGGAUUGUUGAAUUUGGAGGAAAAUAAAAAGAAUAAAACUUUUCAAUCUUGAAUUCAUGAUGAUGUUUUUACUUCAUUAAUUUGUACCAAUAGGAGUUCCGUCAAUUUUUAAUGCAAUCAGUUGAUGAAAGUAAAGAAAAGAAGACGAGUUUGAAACGAUCAAGAUCAUCAUCCCCUCGCAAUAUGCCUGUGACUGACAGCACUGCUACGCAAACUCCUGAUGAUUGCAAUCUUUUCCCUGUUGAAGAGAUAGUUCAAUCACCAUUACCAGGAUAUGUAGCACCUACUUCUGUUAGUUUUAGUCCAGAUGAUAGUUUGAUAGCUUUUCUAUUUAGUCCUGGUCAUACUUUGAGUAGAAAGGUUUUCGCCUUUGAUCUCAAUGCUGGCAAGCAAGAGUUAUUCUUCUGUCCCCCAGAUGGUGGACUCGAGGAGAGUAAUAUAUCACCGGAAGAGAAGUUGAGGAGGGAGAGGUCCAGGGAGCGUGGGCUGGGAGUUACACGUUAUGAAUGGGUGAAGCGUAUCUCAAAGAAGAACACUAUUAUGGUUCCUUUACCUGGAGGGAUUUAUUUCCAGGACCUUUCUGGUUCAAAACCAGUUCUCAUGCUUCCAAGUAUGUCAUCGUCAUCAAUUAUUGAUCCACAUCUUUCCCCAGAUGGUACUAUGCUUGCUUACAUAAGAGAUUAUGAGCUGCAUGUUCUGAAUCUUUUGUACAAUGAACAAAGACAGUUAACAUAUGGUGCCAAUGGGAACAUUGUGGAGGAGAUGGAUCGUAAAACUGGGUAUUGGUGGUCACUUGAUGGCAAGUUCAUUGCAUUUACAGAGGUUGAUUAUUCGGAAAUACCUCUUUUUAGAAUUAUGCAUCAAGGUAAAAGCUCAGUCGGUCUAGAGGCCCAGGAAGACCAUGCUUAUCCUUUUGCAGGAGCUUCAAAUGUCAAAGUUCGCCUUGGGGUGGUCUCCAGUACUGGUGGUACUGUCACUUGGAUGGAUAUUAUCUGUGGGGGACCAAACUACAAUGAUGAAUAUUUGGCUAGAGUCAACUGGAUGCAUGGAAAUGUUCUUACAGCACAAGUUUUGAAUAGGUCUCACUCCAAACUACAGAUCCUUAAGUUUAAUAUCAAGACAGGCCAAAAAACUGUUUUAAUGAUCGAAGAACUAAAACCUUGGAUUAAUCUACAUGAUUGCUUUACACCUCUGGACAAAGGAGUCACCAGAUAUUCUGGGGGGUUCAUCUGGGCAAGUGAAAGAACAGGAUUCAGACAUCUUUAUCUGCAUGAUGCUAAUGGGACUUGCUUAGAACCCAUUACAGAGGGUGAAUGGAUGGUUGAGCAAAUUGCUGGUGUAAAUGAGGCUGCUGGGCUUGUGUAUUUCACUGGAACUCUUGAUGGACCUUUAGAAUCACACCUUUACCAUGCUAGACUAUGCCCAGAUGAAAAUUCAACAUUGCAGCCCCCUGUCAGAUUGACUAAUGGCAAGGGAAAACAUGUGGUUGUGCUUGAUCACCACAUGCAGAAGUUUGUUGAUAUUUAUGAUUCUCUUGAUUCCCCCCCUACGGUUUUGCUUUGCAGCUUGAUUGAUGGAAGUAUAUUAAUGUCUAUUUAUGAGCAGCCAUUAACAAUUCCCGAGCUUAAAAGACUUCAACUUGAGCCUCCAGAGAUAGUUCAGAUACAGGCAAAUGGUGGUACCGUACUAUAUGGGGCUUUAUAUAAGCCUGAUGCAACAAGAUUUGGACCUCCCCCAUACAAAACCUUGAUCAGUGUGUAUGGUGGUCCUAGUGUACAACUUGUUUGUGAUUCUUGGAUAAAUACCGUUGACAUGAGAGCGCAAUACUUGCGGAGCAAAGGCAUUUUAGUUUGGAAGUUGGAUAAUAGAGGAACGGCUAGACGUGGACUGAAGUUCGAAGGCUGUCUCAGAAACAACAUAGGCCGUGUUGAUGCGGAGGAUCAGCACACCGGAGCUGAAUGGCUAAUUAAACAAGGGCUGGCAAAGGUUGGCCAUAUUGGUUUGUACGGUUGGAGCUAUGGUGGUUAUCUCUCUGCCAUGGUCUUGGCCAGAUUCCCUGAUGUUUUCCAAUGCGCUGUCUCUGGUGCUCCUGUUACAUCAUGGGACGGAUACGACACAUUUUACACCGAGAAAUACAUGGGACUGCCUUCCGAGGAUGCUGAAAAUUACGAGUACGGCUCCGUGAUGCACCAUGUUAAUAAGAUGAAAGGAAGGCUACUAUUGAUUCACGGCAUGAUCGAUGAAAACGUCCAUUUUAGGCACACGGCGAGGCUUGUGAACGCGCUCGUGGCAAACGGAAAGCCGUAUGAGCUAUUGAUUUUUCCAGAUGAACGGCACAUGCCACGCCGUCAUAGGGACCGAAUUUAUAUGGAAGAGAGGAUAUGGGAAUUCAUUGAGAGGAGCUUGUGAGGUAACACUUCUUAUUUAUACAUCAUCUCCACCAUAGUCUAAUGUUGUUUGUUGGGAAAGAGAAUCGGAUUUUUCUACCCUCUUUCCAAAUUUCAUAAAAUCUUGGACAAUUUCUCUUAAUUUUUAAAUUGCAAUUUAACUUUUUGCCCCGAGCUGGUUUUGACGUGGAUGCGAUCUAUU